CCAGGCAACUGUCGAUUUCCUGUCUUCAUCCCCACCCUCCACGUGAGGCUAAGCCUGACCUCACAGUAUCUCCCACCUGAUCACGCCCCACGCCUUCUCACACAGGAUUGCCUCCCCGGACUUUCCCUGAGCAGGGUCAGCCAUGCCAAAUGCCCCAGCACUAACUGCUUCCUUCCGGCUGCUUGCGACACUCUCUGCUUUCCUCAGGAGGGAUUUCCACAACAGCCCGGCAUUCAGCAACACCACUUCUCUGCCCCACUCUGUUCCCAAUUUCCUUGCCUACUGAUAUCACUCUAGCUCCCAUGUUCCCCAAAUCAUCUCGUAGCACUCGAUCCAUCAGCAAAAACGCAUGGCAGAGAAAACAAACAAACAAAAGCCCGCACCCACCACUCACUGUGUUUCCCCUGCAGGUCACUAGUGGCCUGCUUCAGCAGAGCGGCUUUUCACCAGUGCCGGUGACAGCUGCCUUGAGGGUCGGGACUCUGGCUUGACUUAAGCGCCCUUAUCUGAGGCGGCUUGGAGGACAGCUGGCUAAAAGGUACCUGGAAUCAAACAUGGGACGCUGGGAGAGGGGGAGACGAAAACAACGUCUCAGUUUCUCCGAGGCUGACAGAGGCUCCUGAGAGCGGCUUCAGAACUUCUUUCCAGCUGGCGCUUGAAAGCUGUGCCUGGAAGGGGAGAGCCUCAGAGGGAUAAACAGUGCGCGCUGUCUCCAGCUCCUCGGGGUCAGGAGCAGCCUGCUCAGAAGGAAGUGGCGUUUCUCUGACCCCAGCGUUCCCACAGCCCCCUGGAUGGUAGAUCGUGGGGCUGCACCCUUCCCCACCCUUGGGAACUCCGUCAAGUGGUUAUCUUUAUCUCGCCAGUUUGUCCACGUGCUUGACCAGUGGGGUUUCACUUUUGCAAACAACUGUUUAUAUCCCUUGAGAGAAAAACAUCAAGCAGCCUGCCCCAAGAACGCUGUUUCGCUGUUUCAUUUCAAGCCGUGAGCAAGGGCAGCCCGAGAUGGAUUUUUACACAGCGUCCCCAGAGGAUGAGUAUGAUGUCCUCAUAGAGGAUGACCUGGACAACAGUGAGAUAGACCAAGCCCUCACCCCCGAGUUCCUCUCUGCCCAGCAGGUACUGCAGAUCUGCUGCAGUGUGUUUGCUGUGGGUCUCCUCACCAACGCGCUGGCUGUGUUUAUCCUAGUGAGAUACAAAGGACUCAAGAAUGUGCGGAACAUCUACUUUCUUAACCUGGCGCUUUCCAAUGUGUGCUUCCUGCUUCCCCUGCCAUUCUGGGCACACACUGCUGCACAAGGGGAAAGUCCUGGCAAUAGGACUUGUCAAGUUCUUGUUGGACUUCACUCCACCGGCUUAUACAGCGAGACACUUUUCAACAUCCUUCUCCUCGUGCAAGGGUACAAGGUGUUUUCCCAAGGGAGGCUGGCCUCCAUCCUCACGAAGGUGCCCAGGAGUGUUGCUAUAAGCGUCCUGGCAUGGGCCGCAGCUAUUGUACUUGCUUUGCCCGAAGCUGUGUUUUAUCAGCUUCGGAUGGAAAGACAGAAACACAAGUGCGCCUUUGGCAAACCUCACUUUUUGCCAACUGAAGAGCCAUUCUGGAAGCAUUUUCUGACUUUAAAGAUGAACGUUUUGGUUCUUGGUUUUCCUCUGGUGGUUUUUAUAUUCUGCUGUGGACACAGGAGGAAAGCGCAGGCCUUCAGGGAGAGGCAGAACGACCUUCGGAAGCUCGCCUUUGUCAUAAUGGGUGUGUUCCUUUUGAUGUGGGCACCCUACAAUGUUGUGCUCCUCCUGUCCGAGUUCCAGGAACACUUGUCCCUGCAGGAUGAGAAGAGCAGCUACCGCCUGGACGCAAGUGUUCAAGUCACACAGCUCAUCGCCACCACCCACUGCUGUGUUAACCCUCUCCUCUGUUUGCUUCUUGACAAGGCCUUUGCCAGCUGUCUCUGCAGCCUGUUCCCACGCUGCAGUGACACCCCGUUUCAAAGUGGUGGGGGCUCCCAGCGAGCAGGGCCAAGGGGAGGUCGUGACCAGCCCAUUGAACUCUACAGUAGUUUGCAUCAAAGGCAGGAUACAUAAACAUGGAUCCUUGUCUCUUUGUAUUAUUUUAUGUAAUUUUUUACAUGUUUGUAUAAAAAUAGAAUAUAAGAA